AUGAUGUCCCCUGCUGACGUCUUCACUGUUCAUGCCCAUGUCCGCACAUUACUCCAAUCAUUGGGAGGAGUCGGGGAAUCCAGCGCUGCUGCUGACAGUGAAGCAAGUUCCAGCUCCUCACAACAAGCACCUGCACCAAAAAGAAGCCGAGUGUCCGACUUUGCAGAGUGGGAAAAUGACGAUGACAGUGUGACAUCCGAGCAGGAUGAGGUGUCCCUCUACAUCACUCAAAAGCAUGCAAUGGCAGAUGACAGAGACUUACUGGGCUGGUGGAAGAUCAACUCCAAUGUGUACCCUAAACUAUCCAAACUGGCAAAAUCGGUGCUCUGCAUCCCUGCGAGCAGCAGCAGCAGUGAGCGGGUUUUCAGCGCAGAGGCCGCACCAUCAGUGAACGCAGGACAGCUCUUAAACCCUCUACGGUGGAUGCUAUACUUUUUCUUCAUGACGCGAUGUAGAAAGGACCACGUAAGUACGCCGUAA